AAAACGGUCCAGGUAUGAGGAGAGGAAGAAGGUAGACCUACAACACUUCUGCUCAAAAAAGUGACAGCAUGUCAACAAGGAAGUAACUGUAGACAUUUCGUUUUCUUAAACUUGAUUUGAUCAUUUUAAACUAACCUUCCUCAAGUUUUUAAUCUCCACCAGUGCGGGUGCGUACUAGUAAAUGUGUUAGGAGAAUGGAAAUUCGUUUGAAUUGUUCACCCCAUUGAUAUCUCCCUUCUCUUAAUGAUGAAGUCAGGCCCUCAAAACAGGUAGAAAUAGUUCGUGAAAGUUUAAUACCAGAGAAAGAAUGAAAGAUAACUCUCUGCCUCCUCCUUACGACGAGGUUGUAGCUGGUGACUUCCAGAACACCAAUCCAGGUCGUCUGCAGACAGUGCAGAGAAAUGUAGAGCACGGUCAAGCAUAUCCACUAACACAGCCAGGAUAUCCACAUCCACCAACAGGAUAUACUUCAACGCCGAUGUUGAAUCCCAAUCCACCGCAAGGAUGUCCGCAGGCCGGAUAUCCACCUCCAGCUGAAUACAACCAGCAGUCUCAAACAGGAGCUCAGCAGUCGGUUCAGAAUAUCAACAACAUCAUUAUAACUGAUCCGCCCCACUACAGACACGUGAAUUUCACUUCAUUCAAAGAUUAUUUGCCAGCAGCAAUUUUGGUGGCUGUCGUCUGCUUUUGCUGUCCCACAAGCUUCAUUGCCGUUUUGCGGGCAAAUGACGCUCGCAGCGCCAUGUCAAGAGGCGACGAGCCAGCUGCAAUACAGUACUCCAGGUCUGCCAGGUGUAUGAUCAUCGUCAGCGCUGUAGGCAUUGUCAUCACGUUUUCACUUAUUGCAAUCGUCAUCGGCAUCGUUGUAACGGUCAGAGACGGUAGAUUUAUACAAGUACAUAUCACAUCAAGACUAUACAGACUGUGACGUAGGCUCCAGGAUCCGUGCUAAGAUAAGAAAGAGAGAGAAACUGUCCAGUGUGGCUUGCUAUUUGUACCCAGCAUCAAUUUAUAUGUAACUAUGUUGUUUUGGCCUUUCUUGAUUAGAUAACUCCGAAUUUCUCGUACCAUUAUUCAUUUCUUAUGUGUUUGUAUUCAUUACAUUGUUUUAUCUACUUAAUUAGUCAACCAAAUAAAUCACAUUAUUAUUUCAAUUAUAUCCAAUUUUGGUGGUUAGUAUAUCAAUAAUUAAACACCAAUUUUAAUGACACUAUUGUGUUCGGAGAUCCUCAUUUGUCACAUAAGUCAUUGUUGUGCUCUUUACUUCAUCGUCACCUUUUUGUAUUAGUUUCAAUCAUUAUUACUUGUUGGCUAGCCACAGCGAGAAUCAUCCUAGACAUCUUGCCAUCAAGAGCUGAUAAGCUGAUAUUCAGUUUCUUGACAGUUAGUAAUCAGAAUUUAUCGAAGCUAGAAUAUUUAGCCAAAUUAACAGAAGGGAAGUAAUUCAUAAUAUUACAUCAACUCCAAGGCAAGGGAGAUAAUUCUAACUAGCAAAGAUACACACAUAAAUACGCAGUAUGUACAAUAUCAGCUCUUGUUUGUGACCUAUAUACGUAAGGGUCUUACCUCCGUGUCAGUGGCGUAGCUAGGGUGGGGGAGGGGAAAAUUUGUAAAAUCCCUCAGUGCCAAACUUGAGGAGCCCUUAAAUAAGUUUUCGAAUUAUUUUUUUUACAUUAAAUAAUAAAUAUUACGCAAAAUGUAGGUUCAAUCCCACACCAUCCCAAAUAAGUCAAGCCAGCAGGGUCCCCAAAUGAUGGUGAAUUCCUAGCUACGCCACUGCUCCGUGUAGAGGAUAGAUGAUCAAUUUUUUAAAAAUAUUUUAAGUAUGUAUGCCUAUAUUUUUAGUAACGUAUGUAUUGUCUAUGUUAUAAUAAUUUUAAUGACUUAAAUUGAUUGCGCGAAUUUCAAUACAAAGUAAUACUGGUAUGUGAAUUUACAUACACGAAGGCCAAGACAGUGCCAUUUUUUAUAUAUACUAUAUGUUAAUAUGUACCUAUUAUAGAUGUUGCUUAUGCCAAUAAGUUUGUUGUUAAUUACAAAGCUUAUAUCAGCUCACUUUGUCUGUCUGUCUGGUAAAAAGUUUGUACACGUUAUUUCUCCCACACCCAAUCUCGGAUUGAGCUAAAAUUUUGCACAACUAUUUUUUUUGUACCUGACAACACAAGAUUCAAUUAAAAAAUUAACCAAUUGGUUAAUUAACUAUUGGUGAUUAAUUAUUUUGUUUGGUAUCUUCAACAAGGGUAAGAAAUACUACUUGACAGAUGUGGUGGUAUAAGUUGAAUUAGUCCCUCUGAGGACUCUUGAGCCACAAGUGAGCAUUUGUUUAUGCAUUUAAAAAACGAUCAUGUAAACCUUCACUAAGAUACCCCCCCCCCCCCCUUUCUUCCUUGUCCCUUUCACAACUGGUCCAGACUAAAACAAUUGGUAAAAGUAUUUCUAUCGCAUAGAUGUAUAUGUCUAGGUCAGUCAUGCUUUGUGUGACUCAUCAAAACUAAUUGAAACACUCCACUUAAAUUAAGCUUUUUUUUUUUUAAAGUAUUUUUUUAUGUGAAUAAAACAGAUUAUUUAUAGUUCAUGUUUCUUACUGCGACAUCAAUAUUUAGCCAAUAAAUUGACAAUGUUGUGACUGA